GCGUAUCUCCUCGCUCUCUGACGCACGAGUCAGGUGGUUCCUCUAAUAGUGCGAGGAGCUCUCCGCGGUCCUGAAAUCCAGACUCACACCGCAAGGCAGAGAGAUGCUCAGCUCACUCCCGACCCUCGGCAGAAACUGAACUCCAGAGGCGUCACCAUGCCGUCAUUCCCUGAGACCUCUGCCACAGGCAAACCUUUCCUCGUCUGUUUUGCCAACCUCCUCUUGAUCCUUCUCUUCCUCAGUUCCUCCAGCAUUCAUGGGGCUUCACUGAGGGCGCAUAGACUUCGUGGAAGUGAAUCAGAGAGUAGGAAUGUCCACCAGGUCCCUAACGCAGAUAUGCUGAAAGCCUUGGAGUACAUUGAGAGCCUCCAUCAAAGAACCAAUGUGGACUCUCCUCUCACUCCAGGGGCCGAUGCUGGCCACAUGGAUGAUGCUGAAAAGCUGCGUGCCAUGCUGAGGCUUGCUUCCAACCCUACACAGAGCAAAGAUGAGGAGGAGGAGGAGGAGGAGGAGGGGGAAGGAAGGGAGGAUAAGAGUGAAGAGCUCCUGCAGGCUGUGCUCAGCACGCUCCAGCAGACGGAGGCCUCCAAGCCUGCUCUGCUUCACCCCAGCGCAGAGAGGACAGACAUGAAGCACAGAGUGUACAUGCAGCAGAAACAACAGGGCAUCACGCCUCACAAGAAGCUGCCCUUGAUGUUUGAGGACGAGGAGGAAGGUGAGGGGGAUGAGGAAGAGGAUGAGGAGGGGCUGGAGCAUGACAGCCCAUACAAACGUACCAAUGAGAAUGUGGAGGAGAAGUACACACCUCAGAACCUAGCCACGCUGCAGUCUGUUUUUGAUGAACUUGACAAGCUGACCAGCCCAAAGACCACACAUAAGCGCCUAGAUGAGGAGGACAACAUGGAGAAGGAUGAUGGAGAUGAAGAUGAAGAUCUGUUUAAUGUGAGGAAUGCAGCGUAUGACGAUAUAGGAGGGGAUCUGACAGACUGGGGUCCACUAGAAGGACGGGAAGAGGGAGACGAGCAGGAGGAGAGGCGGAACAAAUAUGAGGCUGACAGAGGGCUCGAUUACAUCGAUGACAAUGACGAAGGGGCUGAUGUGGAUGAACAAGAGGAGGAGGACGACGAUGAUGGUGAAGGCUACCCCGUUAAAAGGUCAAAAGAUCUGGAUGAUGCGGGAAAUCUGGUGGACUACUACCUCCUGAAGGUGCUGGAGAAAACGGAAGAGGAAGAGCAGAAAAGAGAGCUAGAGGAGGAAGAGGAAAGAGAGAGGGCGGAGAGGAGGGUGGCUCAGAGUCAGUACAGAGAUAACAUAGAUCCACGGGUCAUCUACCAACUCAUUCAGAUCUCCCAAAAAUACCAGAUCCCACCCGAAGACCUGUUGGACAUGCUGAAAACGGGAGACUUGACGAAUCAGGACAAGUCGCAAAAGAACAAUGGUUUAGCCAGAGGAGAAACUACGCUCUCUCAGAUAUCCUCAAAGAAGAUAAACACCAUUCCUCAGGCAAAAUUCUACAACAGACGCCUGCCUUAUCCGCAAAAGACCCCAGAGGAGCUAAGGACGGAAGAGAUCCUCAAAAUCCUGGGGCUGGGAGCUGCGGAGGAUCCCAUCAGGAAGCAGAAGCAGCACAGAAUCUCACUGUCACGACUUCACAGUCAGCCUGCGGGAGUGUUUGGGGAAUCCACUCCCACGCAAAGGCGCCUUCCCAGCACUUUCAAAGAUGACUACGAUGACACCUUGGAUGAGGAUGAACUGGCAGCAUAUCUAGCUGCUCAGAUGCUGGCACAGUAUCCCAAACCUGCGUAUAGGAACAACAAGGCGAGUCAAAAGCGGGAGGAAGCUGGUCAGAGCGCAACGGGCUCUUUUGAAAAGGCCAUGGAGGAAUAUUUUGAUCAAAUGGAUUCAGAUAAUAGCCCAAAGGAAAAGGAACUGUCUGAGGGUGACGAGAGGGGCAGUGACGCUCAAAUGCAAGGCUUAGAGAAUGAGGCAAUGAUGAAACUGCUGAGCUAUCUGAACCCAGAAACUGAGGAAAGCGAUGCCAAAACUGCCCCGGGAAUAUAAAUCAGGCUGUAGAUAUAUAUACAUAAUUCUCUAUUGCUUUGGUGGAAGGAAGAAAAGUAAAGUAUUUUGAAGAAUAAAACAUGCAGUCAACUUUAGUUAUUCUGUAGGUUUACAAACUUUCCUGUUUAUUAGCAGAAAUAUAAGUGUUCAGUCAUUCUCUUGAUGUUUUUCUUUUUGUUUUUUUCCAGAUGACUUGGUUGCUCAAACAACACUUAAUGAGUACACGUGUCUCACCAGCCUUACAUUUCAACGCACACACAAUCAAAACCAGUGUUGGAUCCUUUAGAUUCACUUGUGUUUUUUUGGUAAUUCUUUCUUAAAUGUGGUCAUAUGUGACAUAACUGAGGUAAAUAAAGCAUUGACUUUA